UGAAUUUUAAUCUUUGACAGUUCCAUGACAGUUCUGACUUUUGACUGUUGACCAAGCCUAAAAGUCAUUUAAGGAACAAAAAUAGAUUUUUAUGUUUUUUCAAUUAAGAAAAAAUAAUAAUUUAGAAAUAAAAUAUUAAAUUUGAUAAUUGUUAUUAAUGUUACUUUGAUUUUAAUAUAAAUAAUUAUGCCUGCAUACCAUUCUAGUUUUACAAACAAUGACAAAGCAAUUGGUAACUUAGCAUUGUUGCCAAUAAAAACGCAGUUUCGAGGUCCAGCUCCACCAUUCGCCGGUGAUGAAUUAGAUAUUAUUGAUGAAGCAUUAUAUUUUUUUCGAGCAAAUGUUUUCUUCAGGACCUAUGAAAUUAAGAGUGAUGCUGAUCGAGUUCUCAUAUACAUUACUCUUUACAUUACAGAAUGUUUAAAAAAAUUGCAAAAAUGUGGAAAUCAAAAUCAAGCUCUCACUGAAUUAUAUUCAUUGUCAUUGUCAAGAUUUGACAUACCAGGAGAUCCUGAUUUCCCUUUAAAUCUUGUUUAUGCAAAACCAAAUAAUACUACAGAAGCAGAAUUAAUGAGACAGUACUUACAGCAAGUUAGACAAGAAGUUUCUCAACGUCUUAUCAAAAAAGUAUAUGGACAUGAUGGAAAGCCAAGUAAAUGGUGGUUGUGCUUUGCCAAAAAGAAGUUUAUGGAUAAAUCAUUGUCAGGACCUGGUCAAUAAUAAACUUUUCUUAUUUUUCAUUUACAAAUAAUUUAUAUUAUCUUUUGUAAUAUUUGAAAUAUAUUUGAUAUUCUUUAUGUUCCUCGAACGAAGCGAUCAACAUAAAGAAUAAUGAUUAUCAAA